ACGUGCUUAGUCUAGCAGAUGUCUGGACAACAUUUAGAAAGACAUUAAUGCAUCAUUAUGGCCUUGAUUCCAGUCAUUAUGUAUCCGUAUCUUCUUUAUCCUGGGAUGCUAUAUUUAAGAUGACCAAGGUUAAGAUCGAGCUAUUUACAGAAAUGACAAUGCAUUACUUCAUUGAAAAAGCAAAGCGUGGUGGUAUUGUUAUUGCA